GGAUUGCUGGGAUGUCCAAUGAGCAUCGCCUCCAGGCCCCGGCGAGGGGCUCGACUAUCCAGUAGGCAGUGGAGGUGGGCGGGCGCAAGCGACCGGCGGUGCGGCGGAGGCGGAACGGGCGCUGCGGCAGGAGGGAAGAUGGCGGACGAGGAGAAGCUGCCGCCCGGCUGGGAGAAGCGCAUGAGCCGAAGCUCAGGCCGCGUGUACUACUUCAACCAUAUCACCAACGCCAGCCAGUGGGAGCGGCCCAGUGGCACCAGUGGCAGCAGUGGCGGCGGCAGCAAAAAUGGGCAGGGGGAGCCCGCCAGGGUCCGCUGCUCGCACCUGCUGGUCAAGCACAGCCAGUCGAGGCGGCCUUCGUCCUGGCGGCAGGAGAAGAUCACCCGGACCAAGGAGGAGGCCCUGGAACUGAUCAACGGCUACAUCCAGAAGAUCAAGUCGGGCGAGGAGGACUUCGAGUCCCUGGCCUCACAGUUCAGCGACUGCAGCUCGGCCAAGGCCAGGGGAGACCUGGGUGCCUUCAGCAGAGGUCAGAUGCAGAAGCCAUUUGAAGAUGCCUCGUUUGCACUGCGGACGGGGGAGAUGAGCGGGCCGGUGUUCACGGACUCGGGCAUCCACAUCAUCCUGCGCACCGAGUGAGGCCACGCGCCCCGCCGCCUCCGCCACGCAGUAUUUAUUGUCCGGAGGCUGGGGAGGGGCUCGUGGAGACGGGACGCUGGCCUCUGCGCCCUCCCUCCACAGUGGGGCUGCCCCAGUCACCCCGACUUCAGCGGAGCCAUGGGUGGGGAGCCCCCUGACCCGGGAUCCAGGGCGGCUGGUGCCCCGGCCCCGAGGCGGCCACAGGGCCCCGUCCAGUUGCAAAAGCCAAGGGACAGCAGUGCCCAGCGCUGGCUGCAGGCCCGGGCGGCAGCCGGACAGCAGCACCCUGCUCCUCCUCCAUUAAAGCCGGAACCACU